CGCUCGGCUCCGUUCGGCUCGGUUCGGCCCCGCUCGGCCAUGGCGAAGCGGGCGGCGCUCCCCGCCGGGCCCCUCGGGGACGAUUUCUCCUUCGUGAGCCCGGUGGCCAAGUACGUGCUGUUCUUCUUCAACCUGCUCUUCUGGAUGAUCUCCAUGGUGAUGGUGGCCGUGGGGGUGUACGCCCGGCUGCUGAAGCACGCAGAGGCGGCCAUGGCGUGCCUGGCAGUGGACCCUGCCAUCCUCCUCAUCGUGGUGGGCGUCCUCACCUUCCUCAUCACCUUCUGCGGCUGCGUGGGCUCCCUGCGGGAGAACAUCUGCCUGCUGCAGGUGUUCUCCGUCUGCCUGACCAUCAUCUUCCUCCUGCAGCUGGCGGCCGGCGCGCUGGGCUUUGUGUUCUCUGAUAAGGCCCGCGAGAAGGUCAGCGAGAUCAUCAACGGGGCCAUCGUGCAUUACCGGGACGACCUGGACCUGCAGAACCUCAUCGAUUUCGGGCAGAAGGAGUUCAGCUGCUGCGGGGGUGUCUCCUACAAGGACUGGUCCCAGAACAUGUACUUCAACUGCACGGCCACCAACCCCAGCCGUGAGCGCUGCUCCGUGCCCUUCUCCUGCUGCCUGCACGAUGCUGACCAGGCUGUCAUCAACACCAUGUGUGGCCACGGGAUGCAGGCCAGGAGCUACCUGGAGGCCAGUGCCUUCAUCCACACCAACGGCUGCAUCGACAAGCUGGUCAACUGGACCCACAGCAACCUCUUCCUGCUGGGGGGCGUCGCCCUGGGGCUGGCCCUGCCCCAGCUGGUGGGCAUCGUCCUGGCGCGGCUCCUCAUCAACCAGAUCCGCGACCAGAUCAAGCUGCAGCUCUACAACCAGCAGCACCGGGCAGACCCCUGGUCCUGAGCCCGCACCCUCCCCGCGGCACGGCGGCGCUCCGGGGCCAUUCCCGAGCCCGAGGGGCUCCGCUGGACCACAGGGAAUGCAGAUCUGCGGUGGCUGCACAGGAGACUCCGUGCCUUUGGCAGCCGGUGCUGGGCUCGGCCUGGAGGUGCUGAGCUGAAGCAGCUGAAGCCGGGGAAUCGCUGCCUGUCCGUCUGUCCUGCUGGCGCACAAAGCUUCGCACUGGGAUGUGCUUCCCCUCCCUGCGAGUGCUGGAGAAGGACGUCUGUCUGUCUGUCUGUCUGUCUGUCUGUGUGUCCGUGCACCGAGCUGCCUUCACCCAGGCCGGGCUGCGGGGCCGGGGAUGUCCCCCACCCCGUGUCCGGGUGUCCGUCUCGGUGUCACUGGCCGCGGGGACAGCUGAGGGGACCGAGGGGUGCCGGGCUGUGCCCGUUCCUUGCCUUUCCCGGACAAUAAAGACAGGAGGCCGCACGCUGCGGGCUGUGCCGGGCUGCAGAGGCCGCAGGGGACACGGCGGUGCCUCUGGGGACACAGAGGCCGCGCCAGGCCCUGCGCUGCUGUGAGACCCCAAAACGAGGAGGGAACGCGGCUGAAGGGCCUGGCCCGGCCCCUCGGAGCUGUCGCAAACCGUGGGUGGAGUUUUUGGGGUUGGGUUUUUAGUUUUGUUUUGUUUUUUUUUUUUUUUUCUUUUAAUGUUCCCUUCGGCUCGGGCUGGGUGGUCCCUCCCGCGGAGGGAGCCGGGAUGCGGCCCAGCGCCCGGCUCUUUGUGUGCGGCCGGGACGCUUCUCUCCCAUAAAAAAAAACCUUUUUUUGGCUUUUUUCCUCCUCAAAACCCGCCUCAUCCCUCCGCCGAAAUGGGAUUUCUUCCCCCAAAAGCGAUUGCUUCUCCGAGCAAGGGCACCUCCCAGCAAAAAAAGUGAUUUUUCCAUUUUUCCCCCUCCAAAACUCACCUUUUUUCCCCCAAAACUUCCCCCUCUGAAGAGCUACUUCUUGCCCAAAAAUGCAAGUUUACUCUAAAAAGUAGCUGCUCUCCAAAAAAAUUACUUUUCCCCCUCAAAAUCCCGGUCUUUUCUCCCCAAAAUCAACUUUUCUUCCCCCAAAAGGGACUUGUCCUCAAAAACAACUUUUCUUUUGUGCCCCCCCCCAACUGAUUUUCUCCCCCCAAAAAAGUAACUUACCCCUAAAAAAGGAACUUUCCUCCACAAACUCAAGUUCUCCCCCAAAAUUGCCUUUUCUCCCCUAAAAUUGAUUUUUUUUCCCAAAAAGAGUACCCCCAAAAAAGAUGUACCUUUUCCCCCCAGAAAAAGUACCUUUUGCUCCCUAAAAAGUAACUUUUCUCUUAAAAAAGUAACUUUUGUUCUCCCAAAAGUGGCUUCUUUAACCCCAAAGGCAACUUGUCACCUCCAAAAAGUAACUUUUCACUCACAGAGGCCUUUUCACCAGAAGGACAUUUUAUUUCAAAGCAAAAAAAGGGAUCUUUUCCUCACAAGAAGGAACUUUCCCCUCACAAAAUUGAUAUUUUCCUCAUAUAAAGUGAUGGUUUUGUCACAAAAGUGACUUUUUCCUUUGAAAAUUGGACCUUUUUGUCAUAAAUGUCAACUUCCCCCUCACAAAUAGUGACUUUCCUCACAAAAAGGGACUUUUUCUUCAAAACUAGGAACUUUUCCCUCACUAUAUGUGACAUUUUCCUCACAAGUGAAUUUUUUUCUUAUGAAAAGGGAACUUUUUCCUGCCAAAAGUGACUUUUUCCUCCCAAAAGGGAUAUUUCCCUCACAAAAAGUGACUUCUUUCCUCACGCGGGAAUUUUUCUGUGCAAAAAGGAACUUUUCCCCUCAGAAAAAGGAAUAUUUUCCCCAUAAAAUGAGACUUUUUCUCACAAAAAGCCACUUUUUCCUCACUAAAGGAACUUUUUCUUCACAAAGGCCUUUUGUGAGGGGGAGUUUUUCCUCCCAAAAAACUUUUCCUUCACUUUUUAGCAACUUUUUCCCUCACUUUUUAGUGACUUUUUACUCACAAAAAGGAACUUUUCCUAACCAAAAGUGACUCUUUCGUCACGAGAGGAACUUUAUCCUCACAAAAGGACACUCUUUCCUUCCAAAAAAAGCAUUUUCCCUCACUUUUUAGCAACUUUUUCCUCAUAAAAAGGAACUUUUCCGGAACAAAGUGACUCUUUCGCCACGAGAGGAACUUUUUCCUCACAAGAAACUCUUUCCUCCCCCAAAAAAUCACUUCACCUCACUUUUUAGCUACUUUUUCCUCAUAGAAAGGAACUUUUCCUCACAAAAAGGAGCUUUCCCUCAGAAAAGGGAACUUUUCCCUCACAAAAGAAGACUCUUUCCUUCCAAAAAAAAGCAUUUUCCCUCACUUUUUAGCGACUUUUCCCUCAUGAAAACGAACUUUUCCUCACAAAAAGGAGCUUUCUCUCAGAAAGGGGAACUUUUCCUCAGAAAAACGAAACUUUUCCUCACCAAAAGUGACUCCUUCCUCUCGAGAGGAACUUUUUCCUCACAGAAGGGGACUCUUUCCUCCCCCAGAAAAAAGCCUUUUCCCUCACUUUCCAGC